UUGACGUUGGUUCACGUCGUUCACAGUUCACAGUUCAGUUCUGGUCGCUCGCGGAAGCAUCUCGAAGCAGCCAACAACAAAUAAAUGCACGCCACAGAGCGCAAACGAUCCUGAGGAGAAAAUAGCGUUUUAAUUUGUCAGACUGUCGCGUCGGAGUCACAAAUUGAGCAACAUUAGCAACCUGCCGAGUCAGUACCGAGCUCGAGCUCAACGGGGAUGGGAGCGAGAUCGGCGGCAAGUGUGCGCGCGUGAAGAUAGAACGCGUCCGGACAAUCGUGGAACCAACGGUAGACACCGCAAGGAGAAAGGGUUGGGCGAGGUCGCGCGCGAUAUACCGGUUCGUUAAAACUGUCAGGAAGAUAAUCUAGAGGAGUACAGACCGCGAGGAAGCUAGUAAGAAGAAGGGAAAAGCUCGGAGAACAAUACGCCAAACAGAUUGACGGAGUUUCCCUAAAGGGGAAAAAUCCCCCCCCCCCCAAAUAGCAUCCGGACAAUGUUCUACAACUCGAGUUAAUUCGCGAGACUUCAUUCAAUUGACGCGAGUAUGAGCGGCAUCGACAGCAAGACGGUCGGCGGUUCGCCGCUGCCGGCGGAAAAGCUGCCGGAAUGCUGGAACCAGGAGGAGAGGAUGAGCGCGCUGUUCUCGCCGUUUCGCAGCAGGUCCGCAAAUCCGCAGGACUGGAUCUCCAAGUACAAGUUCUGGAACGACCUGAUACACGAGUGGCUCAAGCACACCAUGCAGUGCAGCUUCUCCAUCGUCGACUUGAACCAGGCCUUCAAGCGAAAGGGCUGCGCGCCGCUCUGCCUGGCUACGGUGAUCGAGGAGCUUCUAAGAAAUAACGAGAUAAUUCAAGAGGCUGACUUUACGAAAGAGCCAUGCGAAACGUGGACGGCGUGGUCAAUCGACGUAUUUGUGAAGAGGCCAAUUAGCUGGUCGUUUUCCAUGGUGAAGAGUUACGUCGUAGGCCAGAAGACCAACAACACGGAAGUCAGAUACAUACACCUGCGGAUCGUGCGAGAGUUAGGCGACGUCAUCCUCUCCAUCGCUCAAGUUAGAAAGGAUAAGGUCCUGUUCCCGAUAUCGGAGAUAGUGGAGUACUGCAGGAACCAAACGAAGAAGCAGAUUUCCGAGGGCGCAGUGAGAUUAACAUUGGAGUGGCUGAGACGAAGGAAAAGGGUGGCCUUUAAGAGGAGCUCCAAUCCGAACGGCGAAGUACUAGUUAAGAUCUCUGUGCAAACGGCGAAUGAAAUCACCGAGGUGGACGAGGGUAUGUAUAAACUGACAAAACAGGAAAACGAGCUGAUCAAGGAAAUAGAGCUUAUGGAGCAAGAGAAGCUCAAUAUUGUUAACGAGGCCAAGUCGUACCUGGGGAAAGAGUUGCGUCAGAUGGCAAAGACGCGGUUGAGGAGGAAAAUGGAACUGGAGAAGACCAUAGAAAAGCGCGCGCAGGCGCUUGCGAAUCUGCGCGUUCUCAUCACCAACAUUGAAGACGCGCAUUCCAACUCUGCUGUACUGUCUGCCUAUAAAACUGGGUCCGAUGUAUUGAAGAAGAUCGGCCAAAACGGUCUAACGGAGUACGGCGUUAGAGACGUUAUGGACGACAUCAAUGAGGUUUUAGAAGAGAAAAAAGAGGUAGAUACGGUCUUGUCGGAGACAUUGAGCAAUUCGGACUCCGAUAUCGAAUUGGAGAGGGAAUUGGCGGAAUUGCUGGCCGAGGAUGAAGAAGUUUCCACUGUAGCUCCUGAUUCGGAUUUGGAGAUUGAAAGAUUGAAGCAACGCUUGCAAGGCUUACGUAUGGAAGGUUUGGUUUCACCUGACAAAGAUGUAGCUGCACUACCGGCUGUACCAUCUGGUAAAGAAAAGUCACUGAAGGAACUUGAGUGCUUGUAAGUUGCAAUAGCGAAUUUAUAUGAUACUGUACCAUAACUUUACGGAGUUGUUCGUCUCUCAUUUUUUAGAAAUGCUCUAUUGCAUAACGGGAAAUAUAUUUAAAUGUACAUUAUGUAUAAAAGUAAUGUGUAAAGAUUUUUUUUAUCGAAUCUGUCUUGUACCUUGGCAUAUAGAAAGUUGAAAUAGAAAAUAUGUAUGACA